CCCAUUCGAACUCCCAAGAUAAGAGAGAAAGAGGGAGCCACAUAUUCCAAGGGAGAAGAGAAGAGAGAAGCUGGCCGCAGGAUUCGUUUUCCAGCAGAUAGGGUCUCUUGUUUGAUCCAUAACUUGAGCUUCACUCGUCCAAAUAAGGCGUAUGAUAUACCAAAAGAAAGCUCUCAAGACGAGGAAUCUGUGAAGGCCUGGUUUGCAGGAAUCGGAGUUGUGGAAGGCUUCCAAAUCGUCCGAGAAAAACGCAACCUCGCAGGAGAGGAUUUAAUCUUCUAAAGAAUCGAGUUAGCCGGGAAACACCCGUUCUAGGGGCUGUUUUCGUAUCAACGAUUAAGGGUUGAACUAGCACUUUGAGGAGGCUGUUUAACACUCAUAUUUGAGCAAGGAAUCAGUCCCAAAUCCACCUUGACCAAAGAUUUGACCAUUGGACCAAGAAGGGAAAGUUUAAAGCUCAAUUGAGGUUGAGGCUAGAGCUUGCUUCCUGUGCUCGUUGCUCGAGAGAUCAUAUAGGAGGGAAGACUUGAAAUGGACCGUGGUGGCAAGGUAACUAGGAGGAACCCUUUGGGCCGUGCACCCGAGGAGACUGGGCAAGGCAGUCGUAGGACCUCUAGGGCAUCUAGAGGAGCGGGCCGUGGAGGCCAAUCACGGACCGUGAGUGACGGUCAUGUGAGCACCGAAAGUGACAGCUACUGGUCCUAUGAGGACUCGACCUAUCGGCCGGAAACAGAGCCGGUUGAAACCCCUUAUGAAGGGGAUGAUGAUGAUGUAAGUGAUGAGGAGGACAACGGCUCCUUAGCGCGGAUUGAGGCACUACUCCAACAAUAUCACCGUGAGCGUGAAGAGAGGAGGGAACGCCGAAGGCGCCGGGCUGGGCAACCUUCGGGCAUGGCUUCACGAGGAGGAAGUCAUGGUGCAUCUAGAGUCCAUGUGGAACCACGUGGAGGCCAAAAUGAUGGAGGUCCAACCAUAAGGAUCUCCAAAUACAUCAAAGAAGCAAGAGAUUUGGGGUGCAAACCCUUUGAUGGAGCAGGGGACAUUUCAGUGGCAGCACAAUGG